AUGAUUCACGGACCAUGUGGAAUUUUGAAUCCCAAUUCUUUUUGCAUGAAAAAUGGGAUUUGCACAAAAAAGUUUCCUAAAGAAUUUAAUCCUCACACUGUUGCAACUUUCAAUGGCUAUCUUCACUACAGGCGUUUAGAUAAUGGUAGAGUAGUCGUUAUAAAAGGUAACCAAGUUGAUAAUCGAUGGGUUGUACCCUACAACCCUUGGUUAUCUAAAAAAUACCAAGCACAUAUUAAUGUUGAAGCUUGCAUGUCUAUUAAGUCAGUUAAGUAUUUAUAUAAAUAUGUCUAUAAGGGGCAUGAUUGUGCUCAUGUGUUAAAUAAUAAAAGUCUUGACCAUGAUGAAAUUACACAUAUUUUAGAUUGUCGCUUUGUUUCUGCACCAGAGGCUCUUUGGCGAAUAUUUGAGUAUUCCAUAAGUGAUAUGUCACAUACUAUUAUCCGCCUUCAAGUCCACCUUCCUGAUAAUCAGAGAGUAUAUUUUAACGAAGGAGAAGAACGAGUAGCUAUAGAUCGUGCUGCACAGCGUGACACUCACCUAACCGCUUGGUUUAAAUUAAAUGCUGAGAUAAAUGAAGCACGUCAGUAUUCUUAUGUUGAAAUUCCGUAUCACUUUGUUUUUGAUGGUAAAAAUUGCAAGUGGAAAGUAAGACAAAGAGGCAGUGAUAAGGUGAUUGUGCGAAUGUAUAAAGUCAAUCUAACCAGUGAAGUAUUUUUUCUUAGAUUGUUGCUUUUGCAUGUAAAAGGUGCAAUGUCUUUUGAGGAUUUGCGUACUAUUCAUGGCACUGUUUUUAAUACAUUUCGUGAAGCAUGUUAUCGAUUAGGUCUAUUGCAAGAUGACAUUGAAUGGAGAAAUACAUUAACUGAAGCUGUAGCAACUCGAAUGCCUAAACAAAUUAGGCAACUGUUUUCCAUCAUAUUGACUUUACGUGAACCUGAUGAUCCUUUACACCUUUGGAAUACAUUUAAAGAUUAUAUGAUUGAGGAUUACAUACACCAUUCAAUGCCAGUUGUACUUGCUGAACAGACUGCUCUUCGUCAAAUUGAAUCUAUAAUUAAUCAGAGUGGUAAAACUUUAACUGAUUAUAAUUUGCCUACAUUUGAUCAGUUAUUAGAUAAUGUCCUAGAAAAUGAUGAUGGAGAUAUUCAGGUAUUUAUUGAUGAAGCAAAUCGAGUUAGACCAUUAUUAAACGAUAAUCAGCGUAAUGUAGCUGAUGCAAUCCUUGCUGCACUAAGUGAAGAACCUAAUAAUGAAAAUAAGCAUUCAAGAUUUUUCUUUAUGGAUGGGCCUGCCGGUUGUGGUAAAACAUUUACUUACAAUUAUUUAAUUGCUGAAACACGCAGCAGGCAUAUUAGAACUGCAACAGCUGCAUGGACAGGAAUAGCUGCAACUCUUCUUAAGAAUGGAUGCACAUUGCACGGCUUAUUCAAACUUCCUGUUCCAAUUUUGGAAACUAGCACAUGUAAUGUAACUCCAAACUCCAUUCAUGGUAGAUUCCUGAGACAAGUUAGUUUAUAUUUACUCGAUGAAGCAUCUAUGAUACCCAAACAUGCUUUGAGUGCCAUUGAUAAGUUAUUACAAGAUAUUUGUAAUAAUAAGUUUCCUUUUGGUGGUAAAGUUAUUCUUAUGGGUGGAGAUUUAUGA